UUUCAAGAGCUGUCAACUUACACAUUCUGAGACCGACAAGAAAUGACAGAAGGUAACAAAAUGAUCGAAAAUGAACCUAAAGACUCGGUUGCAGAAAAGAGUGAGAUGCAGUCAGAGGACAAACGUUUAGAAGACACAGAGGAUGAGAAGAAGGAAAACGGGGAAAGCAAAGGUAACCUCCAGGAGCAAUCCUCUGAAGCUGCAGCAGACCCAGAGUUCGAGCCCCCUGAAGGUGGCUGGGGAUGGGUGGUGAUGUUGGCUGCUAUGUGGUGCAAUGGAGCGGUGUUUGGUAUCCAGAACGCAUUCGGCAUCCUUUUCGUUUCCCUUCUCAAAGAAUUUGGCUCGGAAGAAGACGAAGACCUCCGGUUCAAAACAGCGUGGGUGGGUUCUCUUUCGAUGGGGAUGAUCUUCUUCUGCUCUCCUAUCGUCAGCGUGUUCACAGACCUGCUGGGAUGUCGUAUAACGGCCGUGGGCGGGGCCGCGGUGGGCCUGGUCGGCCUAUUGGCCAGCUCCUUUGUCACGUCCCUGGGCCCCCUCUACUUCACCUACGGCAUUGUGUUUGCCUGCGGCUGCUCCUUCGCCUAUCAGCCCAGCCUGGUCAUCCUGGGCCACUACUUCAAGAAACGCCUGGGCCUGGUCAACGGUAUCGUGACGGCGGGCUCCAGUGCCUUCACAGUUACCCUGCCCUUGCUCCUCUCUGGUCUGCUGGAGAAGGUGGGCCUGCAGAACACCAUGCGUGUCCUCAGCAUCCUCAUGUUCAUCCUCAUGCUGGCUAGCCUCACCUACACGCCCCUGCUGCCCAGCCCUCACAAGGCCUCUGGGAGCGGCCGGCGCUGCCCGUCCAUGAAGCAGGUGUUCAACGUUAACAUCUGGAAGUCCCUGGGCUACCGCAUCUGGGCCUUCGGAGUGCCCGCUGCCCUCUACGGAUACUUUGUCCCUUACGUCCACCUGAUGAAACACGUGGAGGAACGCUUCGGGAAGGACGCCAACAAGGAGGUCCUGCUCAUGUGCAUCGGUGUCACGUCCGGCGUGGGCCGGCUCAUCUUCGGCAGGGUGGCCGACUACGUCCAAGGGGUCAACAAGGUCUACCUGCAGGUGUCGUCCUUCCUGGUGAUCGGUGUGAUGUCCAUGAUGAUCCCACUGUGCAACAUCUUCGGAGGCCUGAUUGCCGUGUGCCUGUUGAUGGGGCUGUUUGACGGCUGCUUCAUCUGUAUCAUGGCCCCCAUCGCCUUCGAGCUGGUGGGCUCCAAGGAUGUGUCCCAGGCCAUCGGCUUCCUACUGGGCAUGAUGUCUGUGCCCAUGACGGUGGGACCUCCUAUUGCAGGGUUCCUAAGAGACAGGCUGGGCAGCUACGACGUCGCCUUCUACCUAGCAGGUAUCCCCCCCAUCAUCGGUGGAGCAGUGCUGUGUCUGAUCCCGUGGGUAGAGGCGAGGCGCAAGAGGAGAGAGGCGGAGGAGGCGCUGCGGAGGGGAGACGCCUCCACCAAAAUGCUGGACUGUGAGAAGACCAGUCUAUCUCAGGGAGUCUCAACACAGACCAAGGCUUUAGAUUCUGAAUCUGUUCUUUAGGUUUUCAAAACACACUUAAGAAAUGCACAGAUACACACAUAAAUACUCAAUCACACCUAUAGACACCGAUGAGACUGCUGACAAAAAAUAUUUUUUAACACUAUAGAUGUCACAGUAGAAAGUAAUUCACUUUGUGGAUAUGAGCUAACCAUAUUUCAAAGGCUGCCUUUGCGAGAUGAUGUGAAUAUGCUGACGUUGGAUGCAUAUCAGUUCAACUCUUAGAUACUCGACAAUUUUACACGAAUGUGAUCGUUUUACAUCAACUUGCUGUUGAAUUAACUUGAAGAUAAAAAUAGAAAGUAGGAAAUCUCACAUUUUAUAGUAUAUUGAAGGGAACGAAUGAUUCACUUGGGGUUUGCUGCUUUUUAAAGGCAUCAAACAUUCAUUUUACUUACAAAUAGUAGUGGCCAGUCUUACUUCAAAAUUCCCCAUUUUUUAUUGGCUUCUGUUGGGAAUGUAGUUAUAUUCUGUGAAGGCCAUUUAGACCAUUGGGAGAAGAAGAAAAAAUGCUUUAUGAAAAACCGACAUUUGUCUGACCAAGACUAGAUGAUGCAUUUGAAAUGAAUUGUAAUUUAAACCGGGAAACAUUAGUCGGUGCAUGAAUGUCCAAUGACAUUUUAUUUUUUCAUAGAAUGGCCGGUUGGUUUUUAUACGUCUUACUACAUGCCAAAUGAAUGCUUGAGGAUUUUCUUUUGAAAUAUUUUAAUGAAAAAUAUUAACGUCACUUCAAAGAAGUGCUUUACGAAAUGAUAGGUUGGUGGUCUUUUGUAGAAGGAUUUCACGAUUGUCUUAUUUCAAAGGUGCUUGAACACCACAAGGGAGCUGCUUCAAGCACAACUGAUUCCAUCCAACCCAUGCCAUCAGAAAUGACAACAUUUCAAGGCUUUUGUCUGAACAUAAGUCUGACUUCUCUGUAGGCUGGAUUAAUCUUAUUUUUGAAUUGUUUGUUAAUUAAUCAUCAUUAAUGUAUGCAGAAAUGACCACUGACAGAGCCUAAGAAUGCUAGGCAGUGUUUAGUGUCAUUGCCAUUGUCAUGUUUGGAAACACGACAGAUGUUUGCCAAAACAGGACAGAAUCUUAAAAAGUGAAGGAUCAACAUGAAAAUGGAUUUGUAGGAAGUCAUUUUGAAGCUUUUACCUGUGUGAAUGAUAAUUGUGAUUUUACCUUUGAGGUUGGCAGUAUGUCUUUCCCCCAUAUUAGUCUAAACCAAUUUAUGAAUUUUAUAUACAAGUAAAUAGUUUCCACCAAUAUCAAUUAAGCAUUUACAAAUGUGGAUCCAGAUUAAGUCAAGUUAACCAGUGACUAUGUGCUCAGUCAGUUGACAUCUUUUAGAUAAAUGUUUAUUUUAAUUAUCGUAUUUUCAUAUUUUGUAUUUAUUUUUUCUAGAAUGUUUAGAUAAUGUCUUGCCAUAAUUAGUGGGUAUCUGCCUACCGUUUAUAAUAGUAUUCAAUAUAUUGAAGGCAGAAUGGGAAAGUAUUUGGAAAGUGCCCUUGUAGAUGGCCAACUUACAUGAUUUAAUGUGUAUGUUUAUCCACAAUUCACGUAACUAAACCAGCUAGAACAUUUGGGGAAAUGGUCACUUGUAAAUGUAAAGAAAUAACAGAGUUAUUUUAGAAAAUUCAACUGUAAAGACCUGACAAUCUGACAAACCACUAAACAUGUAAAAUGACUGGCAAAAUUGCUAAACACAAGGCUCCACCAUAAAACACUAGUGGGUCAGUGAUGUUUCACGAUACGGAUUUUGAUGCAAACUACCUCAAAUGUAAUGAACAUUUCUGGUAUUUUGUCCUACAACAACAGCUGUUGUAGAAUUAAAAGCUUUAAUGUGCAAACCAUUUAGGAAACUUGACCAUUAUGUUUUCCAUCAUAGUAUCUCUUGCAGAGACAAUCCUAAAUGUAACCAUUUAGACCUUGUGAAAGAGUCUGUCAGCUUGCCAACUUCACUGUUUGCCUUUCUUAGGUGUGGUGCUGUUUAUAUUUGAGUGGAACUAAAGAAAUUGUUUGUGAACUGUGGAAGGCAAAUAGUUCUGAUAAGAAAGCUUACAAUUGAAUAUAGCUCUAUCUUACCAUUGAAAUACCCUAGUUACACAAAAGUGUUGGGGAGGUGGUGGUGGGGGUUCUGAUUGUUAGGCAUUCACCAAAUCAUACUGCUUAGUUUAGUUUAGCUCAUUUACAUUUAAUUCCUGCCAUGCAUUUAUUCUUUUUUAUAUAUAUUUUACAGAAUUUGUACCUCUGAGGUUGAUAAAAAGACCUCUUUGCCAUAGUCUCUACAAAUUGUUUUAAACUAGUUGUUUCAGAAAUUAUUACUUGAAUAUCAUUUUUUUGACAUCCAAAGACGUCACUUUUUGGGAAUGUCUCGGUAUAUGCGAGAGACAAAAUAUUAGUCUAUGCAUGUUCGAUUUUACUAUGGGGCUGAAGACCAAAAUAAUCUGCAUAGUGUCAUAUAAUGUGGCCGCUCAAGUUGGUUUUAGAAAAGGCUACACAUUAUCCAAAAUAUGGCUUUAUACAAACGUAAUUUAAUGUUUUUGAAAUGAUGUUCUAACUAAACGACAAUUACACAAAUGUGUGUAUGUUGUUAGAAAUACUAAAAAUUGCUGCUUAAAUCCCAAUUUUGUUGUGUUUUUGUUUCUAGUUUGUGCCAAAAAUGGAUUUGCUUGUAGUUUUUAUUUUUGUCCUUAUAGGCUCGUGUUAACAGUUCAAUAUUUUGCUAUCAAAUGCUUGUUUUUGAUUUAAUAAUAUGCAAUGUACCACAGUGCUAUGUGCAAUGUAGUGCAAAUACAACAGAAAUUAAAUAUUAUUUUUAACUAAGUAAAAAUUGAUGUUGUGUUCCAAG